AUGCGGUCUCAAGGACCAGUUCCUGUUGCCAUUAUCGGCAUGGGCUGCCGAUACCCUGGAGGAGCCAACAGCCCAGAAGAAUUAUGGAAUGUCGUUUCUGAAGGCCGGAGCGGUUGGACUGAAGUUCCAUCGGAUCGAUUCAACCACCAGGCCUUCUAUCACCCUGAUCCAGAAAUUUCGGGCACAAUUAACCAAAAGGGAGGACACUUUAUUGAUCAAGACAUUGCUACUUUCGAUGCUGGUUUCUUUGGAAUAGCACAACAAGAGGCAGAUACACUCGAUCCCCAGCAGCGAGUUGUUUUGGAGACUACAUGGGAGGCAGUCGAGAAUGCAGGGAUUCCGAUGCAUGAGUUUAAGGGGUCGGACACGGGAAUCUUUGUUGCCAUGUUUGGACAUGACUUUGCACAGAUAAUACACAAAGAUCCAGAAGCCGUUUCCAAGUAUCACAAUCUCGGCGUUGCUCGACCACUGUUGGCAAACCGUGUUUCCUACGUUUUUGAUCUACAGGGCCCUUCAGUCAUGGUAGAUACUGCCUGCUCUGGUAGCUUAGCUGCUAUUAGUUUAGCAUGCCAAAGUCUGCGUGCUGGAGAAACAUCGAUGGCGUUGGCAGGUGGUGUGAAUCUGGUAUUCUCCCCUGACCAGAUGGCCUUGAUGUCAAUGACUGGACUAUUCAAUGACCAAGGAAGGUCUUACACAUUUGACGCACGCGGUAACGGCUAUGGCCGAGGAGAAGGCGUAGGAAUGGUCGUCCUCAAGCGGUUAGAUGAUGCUAUUCGAGACGGGGACAGCAUUCGAGCCGUCAUACGGAAUUCGGGAAUCAACUCUGACGGCCGAACAAACGGAAUAAUGCUGCCUAACCAGGACGCUCAAGAACGUCUUGCGAAACGCCUCUUCCAAAAUCUCCCUUUCAAGCCUUCUGACGUGCAAUAUGUAGAAGCUCAUGGCACAGGGACCAAAGCCGGCGACAAAGUGGAAAUAAACACGAUCCGAAACGUGUUCUGCGAAGACCGCGAUGGACAGAAUCCGGUUUUCGUGGGCGCUACAAAGCCAAACAUUGGACAUUCUGAAGCUGCCAGUGGAACAGCAGGUCUCAUUAAGACGGUCAUGGCGAUGGAGAAGGGCUUCAUUCCACCAAAUAUACUGCUUGAGAACUUCAAGCCUGGACUGGAACCAGAUGAGCGAUAUAUGAAGGUAAGAAUGGCGUUUCACUCGAACUGUGUGAAUGCCACGCCGUCUACGCGGAAAGCUGUGGUAAACAGUUUUGGGUUUGGAGGCACAAACGCCAUGUUGCUUCUAGAAUCGGUUCAUGAUUUUAAUGGUAAUAGAUUUAUUCCUACUAGACAAACAUUUGCUGACCUUACCGAUGUGAAGAAAGAUGAAGAGAAUAUUUCACAUUUCUUCCCCAUAUCUGCUCGGUCCGAAUAUUCUCUGCAGAGUGCCAUCAAUGACCUUGGUGAAUACCUGAAGCGUCACCCCAACGUUCGACUCGAUGAUCUUUCCCACACCCUGAUCAAACGAAGAUCAAAAUUCCAGUGGCGCUCUGGUCUUAUUGCCGAAGACAUCUACUCCUUGCUUCAGGGCCUUGGAGCCAAGGAUUUAGCACGAAACAAAGCAGCAAACAAGCUAUCCACAGCCUUUGUCUUCACUGGACAGGGCACGCAGUGGGCAAGAAUGGGCUAUCACCUUCUACAGUCUGAACAUACGGUAUUUUCUCAAUCAGUGGCAAUCUCAGAAAAGUUGCUGAAAGGAUUUGGCGCCCAAUGGAGCCUGGUCGAAGAGUUAUCUCGGGAUGAGUCCUCAAGCCGCCUGAACAAUAGUGAAUAUGGCCAACCGGCAAGCACCGCUGUCCAGAUAGCUCUUGUUGACCUGUUCAAGAGUUGGAAUAUCUUGCCUGCAGCUGUAGUCGGCCACUCCAGCGGUGAAAUAGCCGCUGCAUAUGCCGCUGGUGCCAUCUCACAGAGUGCUGCGAUGUUUGCAUCGUACCACAGGAGCUUCUUGGCUGAGAAAUCGAAACAACGCUCUGAUCAAAGUGGAACCAUGAUGGCUGUCGGUCUUGGACAUGAAGAUGCGCAGAGGUAUAUCACGAAGUUUGACAUUCAAGGCGUUACAGUGGCUUGUAUCAACAGCCCUUCGAGUGUUACAACAUCCGGUGACUUGAGCGGAAUCAUGGCUUUGAAGGAUGCCCUCGACGCAGAUGGAGUCUUUAAUCGCCGGCUUAAGGUUGAUACCGCCUAUCACUCUCAUCAUAUGCAGCUGGUAAGCUCUGAUUAUCUUCAGCAACUAGAGGGGCUCGAGUCGGGACCAGUGGACACUGCCAUUCGAUAUUUCUCGAGUGUCACUGAACAAGAGAAGUUUGAUGGAUUCGGGGCCUCUUACUGGGUUGACAACUUGGUAUCGCCUGUCCGGUUUUGCGGUGCUUUACGAAACUUGUAUCGAGAAUUGCGGCAGACAGCAGUCAACAUUAUCGAGAUUGGCCCCCACGCAGCUUUGUCGGGCCCGAUCAAGCAGACUCUGGCAGAUCUUCAAGCUGACGGUUCCUCAUACAACUAUAUUCCAACGUUGGUUCGUGGCGAAAACAGCAUCAAGUCUCUCAUGAAUACAGGAUCAGCCCUCUUCCGCAGUGGGAAUGACAAUCUCGAUAUUGGGGCUGUGGCUGCACUUUUCAGGUCGGAGUCUUCACCUCCAACUGUUCUACGGGAUUUGCCAUCGUAUCACUGGAAUCAUACAGAAACCCAUUGGAUGGAAUCGAGAUUAAGCCGCGAGUAUCGAUGCAGAAAACAUCCUUCGCAUGACCUGCUUGGCUCCCGAGUCAUCGCAUCGCCCGAUAGUCAGCCCAGCUGGCGAAUACUGCUAAGCACCGAGAGAUUGCCGUGGCUACAAGACCAUGUUGUCGACAACUUCAUCGUUUUUCCUGCAGCUGGAUACAUGACAAUGGCAAUUCAGGCGAUACAACAACUGGACCAAGAUCGUCGACAAGACCUCAAGCCCAAAGGAUAUCGGAUAAAGAAUGUUUCCUUUAAGAAGACGUUGACUGUUCCCAAAGACGACACAUCGGUUGAGACGAUCCUCACUUUCCAGUACUCUGAUGCAAAUGAGAAUUGGAAUUUCUCUGUCGCCUCAAUAUCAGAUCAAGGCAAGUGGCAAGAUCACUGCAACGGCAUUAUAUCAGCCGUAUUUGACAACGACAAGGAUGAGAUUGAGCAGCAACGCGAAGCAGAAUUUGAUCGCAAGUCUCAAGCAUCUCGCCUAGAAGACGCAGCUGUGGCUUGCACCAAUGUCAUUCCGCACAAGGACUUAUACGCUCAGAUGGCGGCGACAGGCAACCAAUAUGGGCCAACGUUUGCAAUCAACAAUGAGGUUCGGAUGGCAGCAUAUCAAUCUCUCAAUGAUCUCGUUAUUCCAGAUAUUGCUGCAAAGAUGCCCGGUGGAUUCAUGCAGCCACAUCUCAUUCAUCCGACAACGCUCGACGGAAUCAUCCAGUCUUGUCUUCCGGUGUUUCAACAGCACUCCAAUAAAGGUUCAGUGAUGCCCAUCUUUAUCAGCGACAUAUUUAUUUCUGCGAGCAUCGCCAAUCAAGCUGGGAAUCAUCUCCAGACGUUGUGUAACCUGAGUAACGUCUUUCCCACGUCGACAAAUUUUAGUACCGCAGUCUUUCAGACAGAAGAUAAUGGCGCACCACAAUGCGUUCUGACUAUGAAUGGUGGCGAAAUUCGCGUUGUCGGAGAGGCUCAAUCUACUGAAGUGCUUCACAACGAUAACAUCUUCAAGAUGGAAUGGGGAGUUGAUAGCUCUUCAAUUACGCCCGAUAUGUUGGAACGCGUCCAGAUUCCCUUACAGUCCGACGAAGCUGGGAUCACACAGGCAGAGAAAGUGAAUCUCACUUUUGUUGCUUGCGCCAGAUAUAUCGACUGGGCUGUCAGAGAAAUGCUUGAGCGCGGAUUAACUGUCAAGGACGACCACAGAAUCAACUGGUGGCGACUUCUGAAGAAUUUUGCAAGUUCCGAGAUGGGCAAGUCGCUCAUCGAAAAGAGUCCAAAGACGAAAGAGGAGCUGGACAAGCUUACAUCCAGACUUGGCGUCGAAGGAGAGGCUGUAGCUCGAAUCGGACCGGAACUGGUUCCUCUUUUGACUGGGCAAACAGAUCCCCUCACUCAUUUCUUGAAAGACGAUCUUCUAUUCCGAGUAUACCAUUCAGAUGAAGGAGCCCGGCCAAACCAGUACAUGGCUGACUACGUCAAGAUGUUGACUUUCCAAAGAAGAGAUUUACGCAUCUUGGAAAUCGGCGCAGGAACUGGCGGUACGACUUUUAGAAUUCUGAAAGCAUGCAGUCCCAAUGGUGAAAGCUUCUGCUCGGAGUACAUGUACACGGAUAUAUCAUCGGGAUUUUUUGAAGCUGUGCGAACAACCCGAUUAAAAGACUGGGCGCACCUCUUGACAUUUCAGACUCUGGAUCUGGAAAAGGAUGCAGCAAGUCAAGGGUUCAGAGAACACUCGUAUGAUCUAGUCGUUGCAGCCAACGUUGUCCACGCCACACGGUCUUUGGACAAGUCGAUUCGUACAAUCCACAAGCUGCUGAAGCCUGGCGGUGUUCUUGGGCUUGUCGAACUUACAACAUCAACACCGUAUAUCAACAUGACUUUUGGUUCUAUCCCAGGCUGGUGGGCUGGUGUUGACGAAGGCCGGACUGAUAGCCCACUGCAAUCUGCCGAGCAGUGGAAUGGGCAUCUACAAAAGGCUGGUUUCUCCGGCGUUGAUUUGGCUGCCUAUGAUUUGCCGGAACCUGAAAGACAUUGCGCCCUAUUGUUGUCCACCGCGCUUGCACUUCCUUCUGCGACGAAUGGACAUGUUCCUUCUCACUUCAAGAUAAUGGAUGCUUUUGCUGAUGAUGAAAGCCCGGCAUACAACUCACUCACAGUGAAGCUUGCAAAUGGCUUGACUGAGAAAGGCUUCGGGGCUUCUUUGGAGGAAUGGACUAAUGAUGAAGUCGACAACUCAAGCUCUUACAUUAUUCUUGAUUCCGCAAAACAGCCCCUUCUUACAAAGGCCUCUACUGACCAAUUUGCCGGCAUCAAUCGCCUGUUAUCCAAGGCAACUAAAGUAUACUGGGUCAUUUUUGCUACAAACGACGAUGGCGGCAUUUUGCCAGACAACGCACUAAUCACUGGAGUCUCACGAACAGCACGAAACGAAAAUCCGUAUCUGGAUUGCUUCACUAUUGACGUACAAGACUCUCUGGAACAGCACGCUGAUCAAAUUCAGAAUGCAAUUUUAGACUUCAUCUAUACCACCGAAACGAGAAUCAGGAAAAACGAGCCGAGAGAGUUUGAGCUCAUGUAUAGAGAUAGUAAAAUGCAAAUUCAGCGCUUCGUCGCAGACACUAAGCUAUCCAAGGCCGUUUCCACCUCUUCUGAUGUUGCAGAGACUGAAGAAACUACUUUCCAUCAAGCCAAUCGACGGCUUAGGAUUCAUGUUGACAAACCCGGCCUAUUAAAUAGCCUGGUAUUUCUUGACGAUGACUCUUCCGCUCUCGGCCCCGAUGAAGUUGAAAUCAAGUCGUACGCUUGGGGCCUCAACUUCUCAGACGUCUUCAUUGCUCUAGGCCAACUCCCGCCCACACAACCCAUGGUUGGCGAAAGCGCUGGACUUAUCACGGCUGUAGGUUCCAACUUUGCGUCACAAUUCAAGGCUGGAGACCGAGUGACAGCCAUGUUUGGCACUCCCUACGCAAGUCGGACGAGAACAAAUGGCCAUUUGGUGCAUCGCAUACCUGAUAAGCUGCCAUUCACAGAAGCAGCUUCGAUUCCAUUGACAUUUGCUACGGUUUACUAUUCGCUCUUUGACUGUGCCAAUCUUCGCCAGGGCCAGACAAUACUGAUACACUCUGCUUCCGGUGCAUUAGGCCAAGUAGCCAUAAAGAUUGCUCAAAGACUGGGAGCAACGAUAUUUGUAACUGUCGGAAGUGCAGCCAAGCGGCAACUCCUCGUCGAGCAGUACAGCAUCCCUGAGAGUCACAUCUUUAGCAGCCGCACGACCGAUUUCGCAGCAGGAAUCAGCCGGCUUACCAAUGGAACUGGCGUGGACGUGGUGCUAAACUCUCUAUCUGGGCCCAUGCUUCACGCUUCGUGGGAGUGUGUCGCUGCCUUUGGAACGUUUGUUGAAGUCGGCAAGACGGAUAUUUCUCGACGCAGUCAGCUGAGCAUGAAGCCGUUUGAGAGAAACUUGAGAUUCAUGAGCGUGGAUCUUGUUGGGCUUUCGAAGCAGCGACCAGUUGAGUGCCAGAACUUGCUACAGAGAAUCUUUGCGGAUUUUGAAGCUGGACUCUUCACACCGCUGUCUGUUAUGGCAAUGCCAAUAGGCGAUAUUGAAAAGGCUUUCAGACUGAUGCAGAGCCGAAAGCAUACCGGAAAGAUUGUGUUAGAAGCCUCUGAUAGUUCUACUGUCCAAGCCAAAGAGCAGCCAUUCCGGCUACGUUCCGACGCGACUUAUAUCAUCGUCGGUGGGCUGGGAAGUCUAGGAAAGCAUUUGUGCCGUCGUCUCCAAGAAAAGGGUGCAAGGCACAUUGCACUAUUUACACGACAGCGUUACGAAAAGGCUGCCAAAGCAGAGAUGGAGAAAGACUUGACAGUACUUCCGGAAGCUACAGUCAGAAUUAUUACGUGCGAUGUGGGUGAUGCGAAAAUGGUACAACAAGUAGCUGCAGAAUUGUCUCGAGAUUUGCUGAUGCCGCAGGUGCGAGGUAUUCUUCAUGGAGGCAUGGUGCUUUCGGACCGGACUCUGUCACAGAUUACACAAAAGGACUUUGAGAUUGCGCUUCUACCUAAAUAUCACGGCACAGUUAACAUCUACAACGCCUUUUACAAUAGGGAUGUCGACUUCUUUGUAAAUCUUUCGUCUCUCUGCGGUAUUGUUGGUACGCUGGGACAGUCCAAUUACGCUGCGGGAGGCACGUACCAGGACAUGUUUACUCACGCCCAAAUCUCUGCUGGUUAUACAAAGUUUGCGACGAUUGACUUUCCACUGAUCAAAAGCACGUAUACAGUCACCCAAGAACAUACUCACUCAUUGAGCAGACAGGGUGUUCAGCUUCUCCCUAUUGAGAUUGCUCUGCCAGUUGUUGACUAUGUGAUGAGCGGAAAGGCAUUCAGAGAUGGCAACCACCAGAUAGCAUUUGGCCUUGAUCCUCAGUCAUUCAUCAACCAAACAACACCAGGUGGUAGAGUUCCACCACUUGUGUCUCACAUAUUAUCUUCUCAUAGCCGAGGUCCCGCGCACCAAACAGGGCCAGCAGAUGAACGGACCGCAGAAGAAAAAGUCGCACUUGCAUCAACAGUCGAAGAGGCAGAGCAGCUGAUACUGAUUGCGAUUCGAGAGAAAAUAGCUUCACUUACUGUCCUUGAAUCCCAAGAACUCGAUCUGGAUCAAGCCGUUGCGAAUAUGGGCCUUGACUCUCUUGUUGCGACUGAGAUUAAGAACUGGAUUACCAACAAGCUGCAAGCCCCAGUCCAAACUUCAGACAUUUUAGAUGCCCCAAGCCUGCGGUCACUUGCAUCUUUUGUCACAAAAAGCUCUGUCCUGGUAAAGAACAAGUUCAAGCCCGAGGGUGCUAACGGUCAUGAUGAGGAAAAAGCGGAUACAAAUGGCGAUGGCAGCAGCGCAAAGCAAGUUUCUCUUCCCAAGUAUCCUAUGCAAACUUUAGAGGGGACAUUGGACAUAUUCCUCGACUCUGUGGGUCACAUUGCCAACGCUGAAGAGCUGAGUUGCACUCGAGAAGCCAUCAAAGCGUUCCAAGACCCCGAUGGACUGGGCCAAAAGUUGCAAACGAGGCUCAAAAACAUGUCAGGCGGCGAAGGUGAGAAUAAUGAGGUUGUGGAUAUGUAUGUCAGAAACAAGUGGCUUCGUGGGCGAGACUGGCGGCCCAGACUUCGAAAUUUCUUUGCUACUCUCCCUGGACAGGAUACAGCUCGACAGCCGCAGGCACAACAAGCCGCACAGCUUUCGCUCGGAGCUUAUGCGUAUAAAUUGGCACUUGAUGCGGGCACGAUUAAGCAAGACUUUUAUCACGAACAAGCAUUGGAUAUGGCUACUGUUUAUUGGCUAUUCAGCUCGAAUCGCACUCCAGCGCUUGGCUGCGACGGUUAUGAUCGAUUCCUAGAGAGCGACUAUAUCGUCGCCAUGAAGCGUGGACACGCAUAUAAGAUUCCUCUUAAAAGUCACAAUGGACAGGCUGUAACAUACGACAAGCUGAAGAAUAUCUUUGAAGGCAUCAUACAGCAAACUCCCGAAGAAACGAAUUGGACUAGUCUACUCACCACUGCGAAUCGCGAUGAAUGGGCAAAGGCCCGUGAUGAAAUACUGUCAGCAAGUCAGAGCGGCCGCAACUAUGUCGAAACUAUCGAAAAGUCUCUCUUUAUUGUUUACCUCGAAGAUACAGCUCCAGAGACAGCAGACGGCCGCGCAGAUGCUUUCCUUCUUGACGACAAUUCCAACCGCUGGCUAGAUAAAACCCUUUCAUUUGUGGUUUGUCGUAACGGUGUAUCUGCCAUCUGGGGCGAGCACACCAUGGUCGACGGCACGACAUUCGGUGGUCUGAUAAAGGCUCUCAAUUCGCCAGCCGCUGAACAGGUGAAGCUAUCCAACGGCUCAUCUACUUCCAAAUCGGUGAUCGAUGGUGACUUUACAUAUCUCGAAUUUACACUGCCAACAGCUCUGUCCAAGAUCAUCCCUGCUCUCCAAACUCAACAUCGGUCAGCCCAUGACGGCUACACUCUCGCCAACCUAACACAGACAUCUUAUGCAGCCUCCUAUCUAAGACAACAAAAGCUUCCUCCAAAGACAGUCAUCCAGCUCCUCAUCCAGGUAGCUGUCCGCCGUCUCUUUGGAUACAACCCCUCAGGUGCCGUGGACGUCAUCUCGCAGCGCCCAUUCCGCGGUGGGCGAACAGACAUGAUUUACGUGAUGACGCCACCAGUGGAAGCAUUUUGCGCCGCAGCUGAAGAUGCAACUAUCAGUGGAUACGAAAAGAGGAGACUCUUCUUGGAAGCUGUAAAGUCACACGCGCGGCUUGUGGCGCUGUCAAGUCGCGGUAGAGGGUUUAGAUGGCAUCUCAUGGCGCUUCGAGAGAUGUUGGAGCCCGGCGAAGAGCUGCCUGUUUUCUACAAGGACGAAGUUUUCAGAAGGACGAGCGAGAGACCAGUCUGCACCAGCUUUACAGAAUUCGGACUUCCGGAGAUGGGCAGGUGUCAACCUCACAAGGAGGACGUGUGGGUUGGCGUGCAAGUCUUUGAAGAGAGGUGA